AUGAUGCAAGAAGGUAGAGAUAAUGAUACAGCAUAUUUUGGCACUAAAUCUUUUCUUUCUGUUUCUGGCCAACUACAUUUAGAAUCUGUUUGCAGAGGGAUGGGUAAUGUUUAUACUUUAGGACCAACAUUUAGAGCUGAAAACUCUAGAUCAAGAUUACAUUUAUCAGAGUUUUAUAUGUUAGAAGCUGAAUUAGCAUUUUGCCAAUCUUUAGGAGAGCUGCAGUCUAUUAUAGAAGAUUUAAUGAAGCACAUUUUCAAAGAAAUCAGAAAUACAAAUGAGGCAGAUUUACAUGUGAUAGAUAAGAAUAAUAUUACUCCAAAAUGGUUAGAGAAGACAUUUGUAACUAUAACUUAUGAUGAAGCUAAACAAAUAUUAGGUCACAAAGGUAUAAAUUCUGUAGAUGAUGGAAUCAAUAAAGAACAGGAACUGGCUUUAGUUGAUCACUGUAAUGGAGUGCCUGUGUUUGUUGUACAAUGGCCAAAGAAGCUUAAAUCGUUUUAUAUGAAAGAAACAGAGUUUGAUAACCAAAAAGUAGAUGCAUUAGAUCUGUUAGGCCCUAUAACAGGAGAAAUAGCUGGAGGCAGUUUAAGAGAAGAUAAUUAUGAAAAAUUACAAGCUAAAUUACCUUCAGAUGCACUAAACUGGUAUUUGGAGCUCCGCAAGUUUGGAAACAUACCAACCGGCGGCUUUGGUCUAGGCAUUGAAAGAUUAUUACAAGUUUUAUGUGGAGUACCUAACAUAAAAGAUACUCUACCAUUUCCUAGGUGGCCACACAAUUGUAGUAUGUAA